CACAGUUUACGCCCUUCGAUGCUUGUUGAAGGAAAUGGUUUGCAGGAGGCAGGGCAGGUGCACCUCUGUGGACUCAUACGACGCUGCAAGUCCCAUCACAAGCCAGGUCCAGCACCCACGGAAUGUCUUUGCAGGAAGGACGUCCUUCGGCGGACGAGUACGCCGAAGCCGGCGAGACCUCGCCCUUUCUGCACGCGUCCACCUCUGCCAGCGGCACCAUCCGCGGGCCUUCGCCGGCGCUGAUUUCAGCACUGAUCCGAAGAUGCCGAGCUCUCAUAGUACGGCUGCUCCCUGUUGAGAUUCAAGAGAAGAGCAUCACGAGUCGCGAAGGUAUCGUUACUCGUAAAGUGCUCGAAGCCUUCACCCUCGUUGCUGGGGACUAUUCCGAGGCGGCGCCGUACGCCCUGCUCGAAGCCUCGCGGAUGUUCAGCAAGGAUUCAGAGAAGGAUGACAAGAGCUUGAAUGAACAGCGAGCGCUACUGUGCGAGGUUCUCGCAAGGAGGCUUGUCGCAAGGACAGAAGCAGCGUGGGUAGCUCGCGCGGCUUCCAGCUUCCGCGAUGAGCAAGUAGCUCACGGACCGUGGGCGAUGGACGCAUCCCAUCUCGGUCUCACAAAGAAGUACAGCCGACUGAGCUCAAAGAACGAAUCGAGUCUCCCACGCUCCACGCUCGAGCUUGCAGUUGAUCGAGGCAGCAUCAUCUUUCUUUCCUCUCCCGAAGUGCAGCGCUGUGUCAAGUCUCUUUGGGCCGGUCACCUCAUCAAGAACUAUCGUGCAGACGGCAUCAUCACUUUCGAACCUUACCAUGAGGUCGAGAAGCCAGGAUUCUGGACCCACUUUGAUCCUUCGCGACUGGCGGUGCCGCGGUACAGCUACUAUCUCAGCAUAUGUCUCUGGAUCGUUUUUCUCGUAUUGUACACCAUUUCGACCCGCACCGUCAAGACACUGGACGUCUGGGAGAUCCUGCUUUGGAUUUUCGCGGCAGGAUACCUUGUAGAUGACCUUACAAGAUGGGUCAAGAUUCGCGGGUUGGACAACCUCGAUUUUUGGCUUAUCGUCGAUGUCGCAACGGAUACUCUCUUCAUCGCGUCCUUUGUGACACGCAUGGUCGGCUUCACUCACCCGCCUGAGAGUCAGUCUAGGGAUCACUGGCAGCUGCACGCUUUCCAGCUUCUCGCAUGCCUGGCCCCACUCGUUUGGCUACAAGUAAUGAAGCUUCUUGAUCCCUUGCAGUACUUUGGAGUCAUACAGGUUGUGAUCCUUGCCAUGCUCAAGCAGACCGCGACUUUCUUCAUUCUCUUGCUACUGGUCUGCGUCGGCUUUGGGCAGGCACUCUGGGCUCUGGACACGGCUGACGGUCGACAAGUGGACAAUGUCCUUGCCAAACUGGCUGACAGCUUGACUCAGUCAAUCCUGGGUGAUCCAGAUUACGAUUUGGUCUCAGAGAACUUUGGCUACCCGGUUGGCAGGAUCCUCUACUAUCUCUUGACCUUCCUGACUAGCCUGAUUCUCAGCAACAUUCUCAUUGCAUUUUUUGGCGAUGCAUAUUCACGGAUCGUCGGUGAAGCGGACAAUUACUAUGAGGCGUACUUUGCGCAGAAAGUAGUGACGCUGACGCGUGCGCCGGAUCAAUUCGUCUAUGCCGCGCCUUUCAACCUGAUCGAGGCGCUUAUUAUCGUUCCUCUCGAGCCAUUCGUCUCGCGCAAGACGUACGCGCUCAUCAACCACAGGCUUCAGAGCUGGAUGUUCUUCCUGCCUCUGGCGGCGAUCGCGCUGUACGAGAGCCGCUUCGACGCGCAGGAGGCGAAAAAGCGCAGGCAACGCAGCAUCAAUGGGUUCAGCGACGACCACGACCAAGCUGCUGAGGAAGGGCAGCAGGGCACGCUGGAGGACCCGAUCCUGGAGGAAGAGGAACGAGAAUCGCAGCUCAAGCUGAGCAAAGUGCCUUUCCGCGAGCUUAUCGCCAAGCUGCCGAGCUCCCACGAUUACAUAGAGGGAAAGAAACAGGAGGAGUGGCUGCAGACGGACCAUAAUGUGCACAAGCUGCUGAAUGAGAUCAAGGCGCUGCGGCAGCAACUUGCAGACGCACUGAAAGCGGGACAAACGGCACUGUGAUUUGGCGUAGACGCCGCAGUGCCGGAAUUUCACUUCCCAAUCUCCAUUGAACAAGUUCCUGUUGUAUUAUCAGAAUCAAAAGCAAUCCCACUCUGCGC